AUGUCAGGCUUCGAAGUUGUGGGCAUUGCGCUAGGGGUUCUUCCGAUAGUGCUGCACUCCGUCGACGCGUAUAAAGACAGCAUUCGCCGGGUCGGAACGACGAUUCGGAAGCGCAAACAUGUCGAGAAACUCGCCCGUGCGCUCCUCCUUCAGCAGCAAAUCCUCGAGGAAACCGUCAAGUCGGUCGUUCUCGCGUGCGGGUGUGAGAAUAUCGGCGCCUUGGAGGAAGACCCGUUCGGGUAUUUCAGCAACGAGGACGUUCGAGAGCGGGUAGAGGACUACUUGGGGCCGAAGAACAGUAUCGCCUUCGUUGGCCUGCUCACGGCGAGCAAUGACAUUGUCAAAAAAGUCGCCGAGAACAUAUCAGGUCUUGUACCGGCGCACCAGGAACCGACAGAUGACCUGGUUGCUAUCAUCAAUGCCAAUCAAGAAAAGACGAGUAUACUGGUCGAUCUGGCUCCACGGGUGAAGCUGUUACUCGGAAUAACUGAUAUCAAGGCCACCAUUCAAGAGAUUGAUGAUGGCACGGCUGCGCUUGACCGCUUUUCAAGGCUCAUCUUGUCAAACCGCCAGACCAUCCAGAGCGAUUCUUCCCGAAAGGCGGUCAAGCUCGCAAAGGCUUUCCGCCAUAUCCGGACCUUUGCUAGCACCUUGUAUCUCGCCAUCACCGACGGCUUUCGAGAAGAAUGCCACGACAGUCACGAGACGAGGCUGUAUCUCGAUGACCGGGUCGACAUUGCCGCCGACAUCUUGCGACGGGUUGGAAAAGCGAACUCCGUAACCCCCCUCAUGAUCUUCGACCUCGUCUUCACCGCCGGCACCUGCCCAAAGGAGCGAGUCUUUUACGAAACUGUCGUGCAAGUAUUCGACGAGGAUGACUGCGAUGACAAUUUCAACCUCUCACUAGACAACCAAACUCGUCGGGAUAGCCGCCCAAACACGCUGGUAGGACUGUCCUUCGUGUCGCAGAGGGCCUCAUCGCCCUCGAAGCCUGCGAUCGCCUCGGUCGCCAGCAUCUGCGCCGCGAUCAAAGAAGCCGGCGGCUCCCAACGCCGCAUCUCAUUCGCGCUCGUGGGCAACCAACCCAUCGGGACCAUCUCCGACAACGCCUCUCUAGCCCAUCAGCUCCAGGAAGAACCUAACGACGCAAUCUCCCUCAAGGAGAUCCUACAGGCCGAAGGCACCCCCCUCCCCUGGAAAUUCCGCAUGCUGCUCGCUCUCCGCCUCGCCUCCAGCCUACUGCAGCUCCUACAGACAUGCUGGCUCGAUCGUGCGUGGUCCAAGGACGUCGUCUUCUUCCUGGUCCGGCCCGGCGCACAGGCAGAGGUCUUUCUCAACCGCCCUUUCGUGCGGUGUCCGUUCGGCGGCUUGCGGACGGCGUCGCGCAGCAUCGAGCCCAAGGUAGCGCUGCUCGAGCUUGGGAUCCUGCUGCUCGAGAUCUGGCACAAGACGACGCUCGAGGCGCGCUUCGGCCUGGAAAACGCGCCGACGGCCUACUACGACCGCAUGGCGCGCGGGGUCGAGUGGCUCGACGACGUCGACGAGCCGCUGCCAGACCUGUACGACAAGGCGGUCGCGCAUUGCUUGCGGGUGAAUAUUAGCGGUGAUACAAGGUUCUUGGACUGGGAGGAUACGAAGCUCUGGAGCGUGAUCUGUGGGGAUAUUAUUGUGCCGCUGGCGAAGAUCUGCAAGCAGUGGAGUGGGUGA